AUGAAGAUAUACUCGCUGAGCGUGCUGCAGGCGCCGCCAAACACGGCGUGCACGGUGCUGAGCAGCGCGAGCGACCUGAGUGGCUUCUCGUUCUACCAGCGACCGAGCGUCGGGGAGUUUAUGUCGUUUUUCUCGCGGACCAUCUCCGAGCGCACGCCCGCAGGCCAGCGGCAGAGCGUACAGGAGAACAACUACACAGCGCAUGUGUACAACCGUGGCGGCGCGGAGCAACUCGCAGCGGUGGUGAUCACGGACCACGAGUACCCCGUCCGGCCAGCGUUCUCGCUGUUGACGAAGCUGCUGGAGGAUUUUGUGGCGAAGGUGCCCGCGACGUCGUAUGGGACACCCGCGGCGAUCUCGUUCCCUGAGGCGGAGACGUAUCUGCGCAAGUACCAGGACCCGCGACAGGCAGACGCGAUCAUGAAGGUGCAGCAGGAGCUGGACGAGACGAAGAUCAUAUUGCACAAGACGAUCGAAAGCGUGCUGGAACGCGGGGAGAAGAUCAACGAUCUGGUCGACCGCUCAACUGCGCUGUCUGCGCAAAGCAAGAUGUUUUACAAGACGGCGAAGAAGCAAAAUUCGUGCUGUGUGAUCAUGUAG